CAGUCGUCAGCAGAAAAUAAGUUUUUUUUUAUAAUCUUGUUUUGAAAUUUCUAAGAUUGUAAAUUUCCAUUUCCGCAUUGGUUAUCAACAGUAAACAGAUGAUAACGAGUCUAUGUUUGUUAUAAAAACCAUGAACACAUAUGCCUCCUUAAGAGAUUUCCAGAGUUUCCCUUUGAUUCCCACAUUCAACAUGCUGGUGCAAAAGCUAAGCUGGAUCAUUUUGCUGCUGUUUCUGAGUCAACAUGGAAUAGAAGCAGGUGUGAUCUGUGAAGGAAGGGCUGCUCUCCUCAGCUGUGAACGCUCCUUUGGAACAAUAAGAGUUAUUCAAGCCACCUAUGGACGAACUGAUCGUGUAGCGUGUGCUAGAGGGAUACCAAAUUCUCAGACCUCAAACACGCGCUGCAGAGUAACAGUCACUAAUACAGUUUCUCGUCGGUGCAAUGGAAGAAAGAGGUGUGUUGUUCCUGCAUCAAACUCACUUUUCGGUGAUCCUUGUGCUGGAACUUAUAAAUACCUGGACUUGGCUUACACAUGUCGGAUAUGAAGUGCACUGUGAAGACAUCUUGUCAACCGCUUCAAACUCUGAUCCAUGACAGUGUGUCAAUAAGUAUCUGAAAGUGACGUCCAGCUGUAUAUAGUUUUGUUUGUGCUGCUGUUUUUUUUAUGUUUUGUGUGUUAUAAAUGGAAAUGGUCCCUAUUGUAGAUAGAUGCCACUAUAUAAUAUUGUAUUUGGUCUAGCCAUUCACUCCUCAGUGAGACAAAACAAUACAAUACAUUGAAAUAUGGCGUUUUAAUUUUAAAACUUCCAUUUUUAUUUUGGAAAGUGUGUCAAUGUAAAUAAUGGGAAGCAAAAUGUCUCAAAUAAAAUGUCCAGAUGCUUGACUGGAGAAACACA